AAAAUAUCUCUUGAAUAGUGCUAAAGAGCAAUUUGGAACUGAUUAGCAAAAGACAGACUAGUUCCUAAACACAGGGGAAUUGAAAAGGCAGUUGUAUGUGACACUAUCUCAAGGGCCAGUGGUGCCUGGGUGUAGAGUGUUGUGUUGUGUCAGAACAAGGUAGCAACACAGUGCCAAGAUGCCGCUGAGAAAGGAACCAGGCUCCUUGCAGAAAAACACUAUGAUCACCAUAGUUCGCAACUUUGACUACCUCUGCUACAAGGCUAAAACACGCGAGGAAAUGUGCCAAAUGAUCUACGACGAGUCCUACCUGAAAGUGGAAGGACCCUUCAAAAACCUACCCCCACUCAUCAACUUGGGCCUUAUGGACACGGUGAGGGAGGUGGGGAGACUACGCAGGCACCACCUACACAGUCUCGUCCAGGCUCAAAUAAUCGACUUCACCACCAGCGGCGUCGGCGAGACCAUUUAUGCACUCGACCUACUCAUGGAGCGCUGUAGGCGCCUCCGACGGCUGGACCUGUCAUACCUGCGGACUGUAGGACCUCCAAUUCUGAUCCGGCUCGUGCCCAGCCUCACGCAAGUCACAGUGCUCAACCUCAGCAUGACUGAGACCGUCGACCAAGUGCUGGAGCUCAUUGGCCGUCACUGUCCAGAAAUUAGGGAACUGGACAUCUCCAACACACCCAUCACGGAAGCCGGACUUAUCCGUCUCUCCUACGACGAAGAGAACGACCGCCCCAUGUGCCAGAAGUUGGUUAAGUUGGCUAUCACCGGCUGUGUUAUCUCUGCCAGGCCCGUCAGUUUCCUCCUGCAGUAUAUCCCCACUCUUAAGGAGAUCGACUAUGACGAUAUCUUCCAGGUUUUCGGAGUGCUGCAGGAGUGGGGCCUCAGAUUGGACAAUGCCGAAGGCUGCGACAAGUACCACCUACGUAUCCUCAACUCCACCAAUGAGUAUGUUGAUCCUGACAACAUUGCACUGGCCAUCAUCCUCUGUCCCUACGCCACGAACUUUACCCUGAGCAACGCGUACAUUGAGAACGAAGUACUUUACAAGGUGAUGAUGAUGGAGCACCUGACCCACCUGAGGAUCACCAACUGUGAGGCUUUCACGCUAAAUUUCCAAGAAGGUAUCUUACCCGUCCUCACAGUGAAGGGUCACCAGCUCCUUUCACUUCUCCUGACAAACUUUACUAACGUGGAUAUUGCAGCAAUCGGCGAGUGCUGUCCUAGGUUACAGAACUUGGCGUUGAGUGCUAUAGGAGUGUACGAGGACAUCAUGUACCCACGAGAACAUUGCUUCACGAGGCUUAGGAACCUUGAGAUCUGGUCAAGCUUGACGGUAGAGUCGUGUAAUACAACCAUCCUGCGUCAGCUGCUCUGCUAUUGCCCAGACCUUCGUCAUCUCCUCGUCAAGUGCACCGACGCCCUCUCCGACAAGCUCCUCUUCGACAUCUGGCGGGAGAAUGACAUGCGUCAUCUGUCUCGGCUGACGAUUGAUACCUGCCCAAAUGUGACAGCGUCUGCCAUCCACCACCUCCUCGACAUGACCAACCAACUCACACUCAUCCGUCUUUGGGGCUGCUUCUUCAUUACAAAGGACGAUGAUAUAAAAUUUCAGCGGCGAAUUAAAGAAGAAAACUGCGAUUUGUACCUUGAGUGGUACUGCUGGGACGGCUGAAGACCAACCUAGUCUAAUCAAGUGUUUCAACUGUAUUUGCGAGAUUCCAUAAGAGUCACUUAUUUGGUUGCUCACUCCAGCUUAACCAACUUGCUUUAUAUAUAUUCUAAGGUUUACGAUUUUUCCGUUUGGUUUGUUCAAGGUCCAGAGAUUACAUUUUUCAUUUUAUUAUUCCCUAUUAAUCAUACGUAAGAGGCGGGACGUCAAAGAUAGAAAACUCACGAACACCAUGAGUGGUUAAUCCUGUUUCAAGAUAAAAUAUUUGUGUUAUUCAGUGUCACAUUUUUUCUCUCAUUUGAGCCUUCUUUGUAAAGCUGUUAUUACAUUUAUUUAUUAGCGUGAAUUUUGUUUUUCAAUUAAGUUAAAUUCUCAACAAACCAGCUGGAGAAUUAAAACGAAAAUUAUUUACUACCGUGUUCUAAAAGGGAAAAUAAUGAUAAAAAUACUCUGUUCUUAAGGCUAGAUUAGCAUGUUUAAGAUAUUGUGGGGCACUUGCAUUGUUGCCCGAAUGAGGAUCUGCUCACUUUAACUGCAUAUUGCACACUUUGUUGAGCGUUGUAUAUUUCACUGUUUAUUGGCUGUAAAAUAGCCUUUAUUGAUAAUGAUGUACAGGGAUAAAUGUGUUCACCAUAUACUGUGAUAAAUAAUUUUCUAUUGUUUUGUAAAAAUAAGGAGCGCAAUGUUUAUAUACACGAAAAUUACAGCUACAGACAGUUCAAACUUCAUAUAACGUAGCCUCACCAUAUUAGACAUUCGUUGUGCAUGGGUUUUUAUGGUUACAGAAAAAAAAUAUGAAGAAAAUACUAUUGUUACUAGGAUUUGAGAGUUUGUGCUUUUAUCUUGACGCUCUUCAGUCAAAAGUUCAGCAUUGUUAACUUAGGUUUGUGUAGUAUUAGUCCACCGUCUGUGGUGCUGUGGGUUUUCAGGCUAUCUAGGAGCACUUUCUAGUAGUGGACUUGUUCACACUAAAAUUCUUACUUGGUUGAGGACUCGACACAGGGUUUAUACACAGAAAGAUGCUUAUCUCGUGUGUAUGUAUUAUAU